GGAGCUGGGGUCCACUUUUUGCAAGCUGACAGGCGCUCGGCGAAGCAAAGGGCGGGGCCUCGCCUGUGGAAGGUGAAUCAACGGGACGGCACGGGCGGUUCCCCAGGCAGAUGCUUUAACCUGAGCGUCCUGCCCGUAUCGCACACGGCGAUAGGCGUAGCUUUGGAUGUGUGGAUGAUUAUAAUUCUCGCUCUCGAGGUCCUGGCCUUAAAGCUCAAGCCUAGAGACACCAUCGCGGUCAUUCUCAUGUUUGGCUGUGGCGUCCUCUUGACUGUCAUUAGCUGUUUGCGAAUCCCCUAUUUACUCACGUAUUCUAGGUCCGCCAACCUCACACUCGACUCUCUGCAAACAGGCGUCUGGACCUACUCGGAAAUAGCGGUCGGCAUCAUAGUGGCCUGCAUGCCCAAUGUGCGCCAGCUGGUGGCCCAGCUGCUGCUGCCCAUGAUCCGCUCGACGCCCUCUCUGAGGAGGCGCACGCGGCCCGGCCCUCGCUUUGCUCUGCGCACGUGCACGGCCCUGGACGGCGGUGGCUGCUCCGGGGCGGCCAAGCGGGAGUCGCAGGCGGCCAUACUAUGUCGGGAAAGCACCAUCAGCGUCGCCAACAGCGAAAAUCUGAAGCCCGACGGCGGGGCCGGGGGCGCGGAGCGGGGAGGUGGGCAGUGCCCCCCUGACGGACGCCGGUUUUGUGCACAAGGGACUGCGAGCGGCCGAGGAGGAGCGGCAGCCGACGCCGCCUUCAAGCGGUGACGACGCUUUUGCUGGCCGCAAUGCAAACAGCUACAUAGAGCUUUCGACUGUACGGAAGGAUCCGGCUUCAGGAAGGCAGAAAGCGGCCUGGCAGACGUGGGACUGAUGCCGGUCUUUGCCAGUUCUGAUUGUGCAUUUAUACAAAUACAUGACAUGUAACGAGCCAUGUAACCGGGCUUCACCCACGCCUACAGAAACCAUCGAAACUCGUCCACCUUUGGCCCAUCGCGCAGGCGGUGCGUGGGCAC